AUGAAGAAAAUUGGACGUUGGAACCAGAAAUUCGACUUCUCUAAAGACGUAGUUACAGUCGAAGAGAAGAUGGAAGUCGUUAAUAAAACGCUUUCCGUUCCUUUUUAUCAUUUAGAAGAUUUUAUUACUUUUAUUCAAGAACUAGUACCAAAAAUCCCAAUAUCAACAUUCAAAAAGAGCUUAAGUGAACAAUACUACGAUUUCGAAGACUUUGAUAUUGCUGUUUGUGAUGAUAUCGCAAAUAACAACCUCGAUGCUUUGUUCGAAAACCCAACUCUCGAGCUCGAAGAAUUACAGCAAGCUCUUCCAAACAUCAUCCCGCCAGAAUUAGUCCGUCCUCUUAUCUCCAAAGUUCAAGAUAUUUAUCCAUUACAACCACACCAGCUUAUUGCUGAACUUCAGGAUGAUGUUAGAGCUUCAUUUGCUGCUAUUGCAACCCUCAUCAGGUCAAACAAUCGAAACGAUUCGUUCUUAUUGUGGCUCGCUCACAAUUUAAUCCGUCCUGAUUGGCACCAGUGCACAGGCAACGACGACAAAGAGAUUGCCAAGUGCGGAGUAUUCAAGAAAUUCGGCGCAUUCUCAUCAGAUACCCUUUAUUGGGCACUUCUUUCACCAAACAACAAUUUUCAGCUUAUCAACCCAGAAGGACAAGUUGAAAUGAACUUCAAAGCAACAACCAUCGACAAAUCUCAUAGUGGCAAUUCAUUACGUGUUUGGAGAGACAGCGAAAAUAUCGGAAUUCGUCUCGUCAAAGUCUUCGAUGAACUCGUUGACCACUGGACUACAGACGAUACCCAACUUGCUGUCUUCUUACCAUACUCAAAUGGCUGUCCACCUCCUGCAGUUGUAGUUGAUGCAUUUAGACGUCUUCUUUUAGCGGAAGAUACCGUUGUUCUCCGCGCGCUCUUCCACCAUGAAUUAUUCCCUGUCGAUGUCGUCGGUCAGCAAAUGAUUGAUUCACUUUUCAAGAUUUUCUCAUCCAAGAAUUUAGUUCACAGAUUUAUUUGCACGGUUGUCAGCUCCGAAUUUUCACAUCCAGGUGAUCUUACAGAGACAAUGGUUCUUCGAGGAAACUCGCAUCUUACAUGUCUUUUCAAAUACUUCGCAAGCAAGUUUGCAAAGGACUAUUACGAGCGCGUCAUCAAACCAGUUACAGACGAAGUUGUCAGCCAAGGCAAUGUAGGUAUCAUCAAGCCAGAAGAUGAAAACGAAUGGCCAGAAAAACAAGAAAAAGUGGCAAAACUUCUCAAUUCUGUCCUCGACAAAUUGUUAAGUUCCGGGCCAUACAUUCCUGCCCAGUUCCACCAUCUUGCUUCCAUCUUGAAGAUCUGCACAGCUGUUGUUCUUCGUUCGAAACACGCUGUUUACAAUGCAUUGUCAUCAUUCAUGUAUUUGAGAUUCUUUACACCGGCGAUUGUCACUCCAGGCAACGUUAUCAAGGACGCAAGGCCUGUUCCUGAAUUCAAGACAACAACAUUGCCUUUCUCACAGUUAGUACAGCUUCCUCUCAACUUCCAGCAGUUCUCAAUGCCGAAGUACGAGCACUUGAAGAAACUCAACGAAGACAUCAUGAACAGAUACGCGGAGAUCUACAAUUUCACAAUGGAAAUCGCUGAGUAUGAUAGACAAGCUGCAUACGAACAAGCAACAGAUAAAGAAGCAUUCGAUGCAACAUUGUGGAUUGUUGAACACAUCGCGAAAUCAAACUCAAAGAAGGAAUUCUUCAAGAGAGUUAAUGAGUUCAGAGAAAAGGAAGAUGAAAAGACAUCUGUUUCAUUCAUGCUUGCUGCUAUUCUCGCUAAUUGCUUUAAGUAA